AUGCCUCGACUUUGGGGGGAGCUUGUCGAAAAAUACAACCAUACUUUGAUCGAAAUUAUUGGGACUUUAACGAUCCAGGUGCUUUUUUGGUGGAUCCCUUCUGCCAUCUAUGUAUCCCUCGAUUUCAUAGCGCCAUCAUUUGCUGAGAGGCACAAAAUUCAACCUUCAGAAAAACAGCCAACUGCUGCGGUUGUUGGACAUGCCGUUGCAAUAUCAUUGAGGAAUCAGCUCCUCAUAAUCGCCAUUCAAAUUUCCCUUGCUAUUCUGGCUGUUUUGUCAGAUACACCGUCCCGCUUCCAGAUCACCACGACCCUCCCCACAGCAACAUCCUUCAUAUACGACAUUUCAAUCUGUAUUGUUUCGCGCGAAAUACUAUUCUACUACUCUCAUCGUCUUUUUCAUAUUCCCUACUUUUACCGCCGCAUCCACAAGGUCCACCACAAGUUCAAGGCGCCGGUGUCAUUCGCGUCUCAGUACGCACACCCAAUUGAGCAUAUCGUGGCAAAUGUUCUACCCAUUGCACUACCCCCUGCGGCGCUAGGCACUCAUAUCGUCACUAUGUGGGCAUUUCUCGCCUUCGAACUGCUUGAGACGGCGACAGUGCACAGUGGCUACGACUUCUUUGGAGGUGCAGCAUGGCGUCAUGAUCGCCAUCACGAGCGAUUUGAUGUAAACUUUGGAGGAAUGCCAUGGUUGGAUUAUAUUCACGGCACUGGCGAAAAGAGUGCAGAGUCUACUGUGAAAGAGGACUAA